AUGUCAUCGACAAACACCACCAUCGAACCACCAGCAGUCAAGAAGCGCGGACGACCCAAGAAAGUGGCCGAAGAUGCGGGGGAAACCAUAGUCGUAGAAGCGAAGAAAACACCAGCUGUAAAGAAAGCAACUACAAAGCCUAUAGCGCCCAAGGACAAACUUAUCGCGCCAGAGAAGGACAAGAAGACAAUUGCGAAGAAGAAUGCGCCGGAACAUCUUACGCCCGUCACACCAGCAACAAGCAAGAUACUCGAGUCCGUACGCGCCAAGGGGACACUGAGCAAGACAUUGCCUACCAAAACAGCCAGCCUAGAGAGCAGGAAUAGCGGUACUCCUCCAGCAACAACAGCACAAGCACCACCCAUCUCAUCCUCCUCACCACCACCACCACCACAACAACAACAACAACCCAAAACCCCCCGAACCCACCCCGCACCAACAACCAUCCCCCUACCGCAAAAACCCAUCCCCGCUCCAUCCCCCAUCUCCUCCGCCUCGCACACAACAUCCCCCCGCAACCCCGUCCUCCCGCCAAACCCCUACCCAUCCACCCCACGCCGCAUCCCCCCCGCGCUCUCCCAACACACGCGCGUCAUAGAGCCUACACCCGACAUACGGCUUCCGCCCAAGUACAAGCCCGCGGCACGCCGGGUCACGGCAAUUAUAGUCAGCUUACCGAUUGUCUUGGUGUUUGGGUACGAGCUGCUUGAGCGGUGGAGGGGGAAGAAGGAGGUCAAGGUUAAGUUUGGGGGUGAUAGAUCGUAG